CCUACUCUAAUUCAAUAGGAUCUCAGCUGCGGUUGUGGUUCGUCGGCGUUGAGCACAGACGGACCAUUUCAGCGAGCUCUCACACACAGAAUCACAAAGCUGAACCUGUUUUGUCGGAAUAGCAGUCUCUGGCUUUGGACACAACUCAGGUAGCGACAUUUUGAAAUAACUAGCCUAUUAGGAUCAAUCACUGGGUUUAUGAAUGGAGGAUUGAUUCCCGAAGCUUGUGUUUUUUUUCCCGGAGCGCACGUUUCGUUUUUGCGAGUGAUGAAUACCAAAUCAGAGGAAAACACUAGAAGAUAACCACAUCCGACCUCGCCAUGGAUACCAGAUUGCAGUGAUGCUGGGGGAACAGAUGUGACUCAAUUAAGUCGGAAAAGAUCAAAUCCGAAAAAAGCGACAAGUUCUCCAGCUCACUGUGAUUCUGUCUUUUACGGAUCAGAUGCGGCAGAUGUUAGUUUACUGAGAGCAGGUUAAUUGAUCCUGAGUACCGAGCGCACCUCCUAUCACACAUACUGGAGGAUGAUCCCCGGGGCCCCCAGCACGACCACCAUGCUCCCCGCCUCCGAGGCUGCCAAAAUCUACCAGACCAACUACGUGCGCAACUCCCGAGCCAUCGGCACCCUAUGGGCCAUCUUCACCAUCCUCUUCGCCAUCGUCAACGUGGUGUGCUUCAUCCAGCCGUACUGGAUCGGAGACGGCAUGGACACCCCGCAGGCGGGCUACUUUGGUCUGUUCCACUACUGCAUCGGUAACGGACUGUCCCGGGACUUGACAUGUCAGGGCAGCUUUACCGAGUUCAGCACCAUCCCGUCCGGUGCGUUCAAGGCCGCCUCCUUCUUUAUCGGCAUGUCCAUGGUGCUGGUCCUCACCUGCAUCGGCUGUUUCGCUCUCUUCUUCUUCUGCAGCACUGGCACCGUGUAUAAGAUCUGCGGCUGGAUGCAGCUCGCUGCAGGUACAUGUCUGAUUCUGGGCUGCAUGAUCUACCCGGACGGCUGGGACAGCGACGAGGUGAAGCGGAUGUGUGGCGAGCAGACGGACAAGUACACGCUGGGGGCCUGCUCGGUGCGCUGGGCCUACAUCCUGGCCAUCAUGGGCAUCUUGGAUGCUCUCAUUCUCUCCUUUCUGGCCUUCGUCCUGGGGAACCGUCAAGACAGUCUGAUGUCUGAAGAGCUGCUGGGAGACAAGAGCGGCAAUAAUACCAUAUAAUAUCUGGUCUUGCUGCCUCGGCAUGAUGUUACUUCAGGAUCCAGCUUCCCUCUCCUGGUCCAGCCUGUGGCUGAGAUGCAGAGCUGAUGUGUGGGGAAAGAACAGAUCAAAGAAGAGGAGGUCUGGACGAGGUCGUACAACCUUGGUGGGAACCAGGAUGCCACCUGUUCUCUCUGAAAGCUCCCCCCUGUAAAAUAGCCUUCCUAAUUCAUUUCAAACUGCUGAAUCUCAAAAAAACUUUCUAAAAGUUUACCUGUGUUGGUAUUUCACUGCAUCAUCUUUUCUAGAGCUGUUAAAACUGAAAUGAUUGUCUGUGUGGAUAUUAGGAAGGCUGCUGGCGCGCAAGUUAAACUGAAUUAUAUUUAUUUAAAGACUCUUCAUACGGUAAUAUGGCUCCAGGACACACACCACUGAACGAAAGCUGCUGGAAUCAAAUUAAAUCAAAACCGCUUUUCCAGACUUUAACCAACACAAAUAAGGACUUAACAGACUUGAGGUCAAAGCUAUCGGAUCGAAUUUCUUAUCAAGUCAACAAACUCUCUGCAAUGGACAGUUUGACCUUUGAUCUAAAGAAGAGCAAAGUGAGGACUGAAUAAAAUGAUAAAUAAGGCUGGACAAAAGAAGAUUGUUUUGUUAUAUUUACAUGUUUGCUGUUAUAGAAUCAAAUGUAGUAAUUAAAGGUUUUGGUGGUGACAACUUUGCAAAAAAAAAGAAGCUAAAUAGGAGGAAACAUCACUUGUAUUAAGUAUAUAAUCUGUGUAUAGCUAUAUGUAUACUAUGUCCCUGUAUUUUGUCAUAACUUUGAAAUGUACACUUUGAAAUGUCAAGCUAUUGGUCCAUUAUUAGUGUGUGCCAUACAAUAUCUUGUAAUAGAACAGUAUUGUGGAGUACUAAAGGGAGUAAGAAAAGGUAAACUGAACCCUAUUUGAAGGUGGAAUAAUUUGCCCCUUUGUAUCUUUUUGUUGCCUGUCAGUCUCCCCACUAAAAGACUUUGUGGAAUGUGUCUAACUUACAUUAAAACUCUUAUUGUAAAUAGGAUGGAACAAAAGUAACACCUUAAAAGCUAAAAGUUUGACAUUUUGGGAAAUAUGCUCAUUUGCUUUUUGGCGUAGAGUUAGCAAUAGCUACCUGGGUAAGAAUCAGAAAUAACAUUCACAAUCAGAAAAGGGUUGAUAGACUGGUUAUUGGGCAUUUCAGGCCAUUAAUGAGGUAGACAGCAGUCGGUAAGAAAGGUAGGGAUCCCAAAGGGAUGGCAGAUUGCAGCAAUCACAUUCUCAGCAGAGAAGAAGACCAAUUCUCUAUCAAACUCAGUAUAAUUCCUAAAAUGUUGAAUUCCUUUGACACUCCUUUGUUUGAAAAAGGUGUUAGACAGCAACAUUAUAUUUUGUAAGUGGCCCUUAUUAGUUACUUCAGGUUCCAUAUCAAGCUGAAGGAGUCAUGUGUGUUUGUGUGACUCAUCAAGUCGCAUCUCUGGGCCCAAAGGUGUAAGGUGAAGGCAGUAUUUCUUUCUCCUAACUUAUGUUGAGACUGACAAUAACUCUUUUCUGUAUAAAUCUGUCUCGAUUAUUCACUUCUACUAUGGAAUCAAAGUGUGAGACAUAAUAAAAAAUGACCAAAUUUA